UCCCUCGGCAAAGCCAUCGCUCUCGCUCGCUCGCUCGCUCUCUCUCUCUCUCUCUCUCUCAAUUGCUCUCUCAAUCUCUGUCAUUCUCUGUCAUUUUGUGUGAUUAAUCGUAUAUUACUUCAUUGUCAUCAUCGUUGUCUCUCUGAUCUUCUUCUCUCAAACUGGUUCUGCUCGUUGCUCCUUCUUCUGUUCUGUGGUGCUCUUUGGUCUGCUUGCUCACCUCGGGACGCAACUUGCUCUGUCUCUGGUAUUGUGAUAAUUUGUUGAGUGUAAUUGUCAAGUGACCGCUCAACUGGUACUCAUUGAUUGAUCGUAUUGUUGUACCUAGAUUAAUCGUACCGUACCACCGAACAAUCGUAUCGUAUCGUACCAUCGAGCAAUCGUACUGCACCACCAAACAACGCGCCCGAACAAUCGUACAUAUAGUUUGUUCGCAUCGUCGUUCAUACUCUUCAUUUUGUGCUGUAAGGCGCAGCGGUUGAUCGAGACGAACUCUUCGGCCAUUCAUCAUGUCGUCAAGUGGAGCCAAGAUAACGGUGGCACUGCGGAUGCGGCCGUUCUCGUCGCGUGAGGCAGACGAGGGCGCCGAGCAGGUGGUCCACAUGACUGGCGCACCAAGCGUCAACUCGCCACAGCACACAACAUGCACGCUGACGGAUCCCGAUUCGGGCGAUAUUCGCAAGUAUGUGUUUGAUGCGUGUUUUGACUCAACCAACCCGGCUGGGAGCCAUAAUGCCGGGCAGCAGGAUGUGUAUGUCGUGCUGGGUGCGCCGCUGGUACUUGCGGCGCUGUCGGGCGUCAACGGGUGCCUGUUUGCGUACGGACAGACCGGCGCCGGCAAGACGUACUCGAUGAUGGGCGUCGAGUCUGCACCCGGUGUGGUGCCGCUGCUGCUCGACGCGCUGUUUGCAGCGCUGGACCGCAACGCCAAUCCCGUUGUUGUCGCCUCGUACUUGGAAAUCUACAACGAGGAGCUGAUGGAUCUGCUGCAGCCGCGGUCGGGUGGGCCGCUUGCGGUGCGCGAGCAUCCUGCGCGCGGGGUGUUUGUGCAGGGCCUGGCGCGAGUCGGGGUGACGAGCGCGGCUGACGCGGGCCGGCUGCUGAGCGAGGGCUCCAAGAUGCGAUCGGUGGCUGCAACGGCGAUGAACGCGUCGUCGUCGCGGUCGCACGCGGUGUUUAUGCUCGACGUCUCUGUCGAUCACCCGGCGUCGGGCCAGCGGGUCAACGCCAAGCUAAAUCUCGUCGAUCUGGCCGGCUCGGAGCGACAAGCCAAGACCGGGACCACGGGCGCGCGGUUCAAGGAAGCGGUCGCCAUCAACUCGUCGCUCUCUGCGCUGGGCAACGUUAUUUCGGCCCUCUCCAAGGCAGCGGCCAAGGGCAGCAAGCCGAAGCACGUGGCAUACCGCAACUCGGUCCUCACCCGCCUCUUGCAGCAGUCGCUGGGCGGCAAUUCGCGGACGGCCAUGCUUGCCGCCGUCUCGCCGGCCCACACCAACUUUGAGGAGACGCUCUCGACCAUGCGGUUCGCCAAGCGCGUCCGCGCCAUCUCCACCAAGCCAGUGGUCAACGCCGUCGACACUGGAGCCACGGUUGCGGAGCUGCAGGCCGAGAUUGCUCGGUUGAAGGCGUUGCUGGCCGGCGGCGGCGGCGAUGGUGGCGGCGGCAACGACGACAGUGGCGGCGGCGACGACGACGCAGCGGCGCAGCUGGCGGCCGCUGAAUCCAUCAUUGCCGAGCUGACUGCGGACGUGGCGACCCGCGAGGCGCAAGCAGCGGCACUGGCGGCGGAGCGCAAGGCCGUCCUCGACGACGCCGGCAUCUCUGUGGUCGAGCUCGGCCAGCUGAGCGGCGCCGGCAACGCGUCGAUGCUAGUCAACAUGGCGGCCGACGCGGCCGACUCGGCCAAUCUGGUGUGGGUCCUGGACCCUGCGCGCGGGCCCGAGUUUACGCUCGGGCACGCGCACGGGUGCUCGCUGGUGGUGCAUGGGCCGGCGAUGCAGGCAGCACAUGCGCGGCUGGUGGUGAGCGGCGAGGGCGUGACGCUCGAGCCGCUGCACGCCUCAGCGCGGACAUUUGUCAACGGCCUGGCCGUGCCGCCGAACGAGCCGCGUGUGCUCGAGCAUGGGGCGCGGAUAUUCCUCGGAACCAACACGCUGCUGCGGUUUGUGGACGGCGAAGCUGGACCAGCCUCGCUCCCGCCGCUAGACUGGAAGGUGGCGCUGGAGGAGGUGGCGAUGGCAUCGGGCCUUGCUGUCCCUCGCGCGUCGGCCGGCUCAAAAUGCCCGCCGCUCACCGCAGUCGGCAAGGUGGCGCUUGUUGUCGAGCUCCACGCGGUCCGCGGCCUGCCGAAAGCCGACGUCGUGAGCCGGUCGGCCGACCCGUAUGCGGUGCUUACGCUCGAGCCGGGCGGCCUCCGGUCGCAGACCGAGACGCUUGUGCGGACGCGCGAUCCCGAGUUCAACCACUCGGUCUGCUGGCCGGGCCCAUUUGUCGAUGGCGAGACUGUGCUACGUGUGGUGGUGUGGGACGCCGACAAGCUCUCGACCGAUGACUACCUCGGAGAGGUCGAACUGGUCACUGCCAUUGCUCUGGGUGAGCUCACCAUUCCGCCCUUUAUCAUUCGUUGGAUGUUGAGACAUGCUCAUCUGGGUCACUCGCUCUUCAAGCUCUACGUGGCAAACGACAUUGUCUUCUUCCUCUCUUUCUUCAUCAACCGCAUCUGCCUUGGCCUGCCCUUUACCCUCUACAUCAUCGCCUCGCCUGAUGGUGACGUCGUCAUCAAGUCGUGUGCCGCCAUCAUCGCCAUCAUCUCCCUCCUCUGGUUCUCCAUCAUCACAAGCCGCACCGGCCGCAACAUCUCCUCCUACCUUGUCGACGGCUACUGGGACGUCGGCCGCUCGCCAGACUCGCCUCAUCCCUCCUCUCCGCUCCCACUCCCGCCCAACCCCAUCGUCCGCCCUUCGUCCUCGCUCGCAUCCUCGGCCGACUCGCCCUCCAGUGGCUGCUCCUCCUCCGCACCGUCGCCCUCCUCGACCGCCUCGCUCCUCUCCCGUCGCUUCCGCACAUAG